UGAAUGGCGGUCAGCUGAUUAAAAACACUUACAUGACUUACAAAAGUAGAUUUUUUGCAAGAAUAUGCGCUCUUCCCAAGAUGAGGACGGUAGCAACAGACAGAGGGUGAACUCUUUCCCCCAAGGAGAUAUUCAAAAUGCUGAUGAAUCGACCCGUUUGUUGCAAUCUACUGUUUCUUUUGGGCCCCAAUUUGCGAAGAGAGAUGAGCAAAUAAAAGGGGCCACUUCUGGUAGGCAUGGGUCUGUUGAGCUUGUUCAAAGCUUGGAGGUGGUGCAAAAAUCCUCAGGUUCCUCUUGGUAUGCCUCGGUAUUCCUUGUGGUAAAUGCUGCCUUGGGCGCUGGACUCCUAAACUUCCCCCAGGCGUAUGAUGCAGCAGGGGGUGUGCUGGUUGCCGUCAUUGUACAGGCAGUCUUCAUGGUCUUUAUAGUGGUUGCCCUAAUUCUGCUCGGAUAUUGUUCGGACGUGAACCAAAGCGCCACCUAUCAGGAUGUGGUGUACUCGAUGUGCGGCAAGGCGGCACAGAAUGUAUGCUCACUAUGUAUUGUUGUGUACUGCUAUGGGACUUGCAUUACGUUCUUCAUUAUUAUCGGCGACCAACUAGACAGAUUCUUUUAUUUCAUCAGUGGUGCCGACUUUUGUCAUUAUUGGUACAUGGAUCGCAAAUUUACAAUGACCUUGUCUAGUGUUAUACUCAUUCUGCCAAUGUGCUUUCCAAAAAGAAUAGAUUUUCUUAAGUAUUCAAGCUUUUUCGGUGUUGUUGGAAUUGCCUACGUGGUACUCUUGAUCUUCAUUAAAUACUUCACAUCUGGCAUUACCCCAGGACAUAUAAAAACCAAACCAGAUAAUUUCAUGGAUAUGUUCCUGGUUGUUCCAGUCAUUUGUUUCGGUUAUCAGUGCCAUGUCAGUGUUGUACCAAUCUACUCCUGCCUCGAAAAACGCAAUGUGAAAGAAUUUUCAAAAUGUGUCGGAGUGGCGAUAUUAAUCUGUGUCCUAACUUACACCCUUGCUGCCGCGUUUGGGUACUUGACAUUUGGUUCGAACGUCGAUGCAGAUAUUCUCAAAUCAUACCAGCCCACGCCAGAAGUACUGAUAGGUGUAUUUCUCAUCGCUGCUAAGACAUAUACGACGUACCCUAUUCUGUCAUUUUGUGGCAGGGCUGCCUUCAUGAGUGUCUGGAUCCACUGGUGUUGCCUCACACCAGACCAGAUUGUAUCCGGUGAGAAAAGCCGGCGGGUAUUAGUGACACUAGUCUGGUUUGUCACGUCUUUAGUACUGGCAGUGUUUAUACCAAAUAUUGGAGCUGUGAUAUCGGUGCUUGGUGGCCUGGCUGCUGUUUUUAUAUUUGUGUUCCCUGGUAUGUGUCUCCUCCAAGUCGGGUACUUAAAAGAAGCUGAGCUUGCUCGCUGGAAGGUGCGGACAAUGAAGGGCAUGGCGGUCGCGUUCAUCGUUUUGGGUGCCUUCAUAUUUGGUGUCACGACCACACAGUCUGUCAGCAAUGAUGUGAUCAGUGCGUCUUCACCUCGUAUUGUCCACAAUGAGACGAUAUGUACGUGAUUUUAGAUAUGAACAAUAUGGGAGGAGUCGUGACAUUUGUUAGUUCCUAUCUUGUGUCACAAGCUAUAAAUGUGAUAAAAGUGUGUUCACCAGGAGUGGUACCCAACAAGACAAUGGGUGAUAUAAAUAAAGACUAGCAAAUUCUUUUAUUUAAAACUCCAUGUACAUUUACACUAGGCCUUUCUGUACAAAACUGAAGUAAAAGCAUUUGCUAGACUUUAUUCCUAUCAUCCAAUGUGUCCCAGAUUUCGGAUUCAAACAGAAGGAGUACCGCGGAAUCUUGAUAUUUUUUGUCAAAACUGAUGUGAUUUUUAUCAAAACUGAUGUGAUUGGUGUGGCUUCACCCAGGAUUGUGCACAGCAAGCCAAUGUGUGUGUGAUCAUUGAUUUGGAUAGUAAGGGGUAAAAGGGAUGACUACAACAUUUAUCGUCCUAGGGUUUCACAACCACCCAGUCUAUCAACAGUGAUGUCAUUAGUUCUUCAGAUAAUUUUGUCAGAGAUUUGUCAGAUCUCAGGUUUUGUAAUCAAGGGAUUGUAAAAAAGCUGGCUAUCAAGUAGUACUUAUACUUGGGGUGUUCGCAUAAUAUUGCCAAUGAAGACUUUUUAGCUCAGCUGAUAAAGUCAGUGGAGCUGGUCAAUUUGCUUAAAGAAUAAAUAGUUCUUUAUGGAUUAUUUAUAUUGAUUGUUGUUAAGUCUAUUAUGAUUUG